AUGCCUCAUAAAAAAUUACCUAGUGAUGUUGAACAUAAAAUUGGUUAUGCAGAAAAUGAACAACAUAUUGGUAAACCAAAAGUAACUGAAAAUAAAGAAGUUGCUGGACCUCAAGCUGGACUAGAUGGUGAAAAAGGAAGUAAAAUAUGUGGACAAGGUGGUCCUGAAAUACUAGGAGGAUCAGCAAGUACACGCAUUCUUUGUCAGUCUGUUGAUGAACAAUUAAAAACAUCAUUGCCACCGAGUAGUGAACAAUAA